GGUGAGCCCGAAUAUACGAAAGUUGCAUUUGCCAUUCAUUACUUAGCUAAUAAAAAAUACAUAGUAUAAAAUCGGUGACUCAUUGUUAUAUUUAUCCUGAUACCAGAUUUGAAUUUACGCAACUCUAACACAGACGUAGAUUUCAAGAUUGUGAUGCCAUGCUCUAGGUUAGUGAAAAACCAAAAUAAGGCAUCAAUGGCAUUAGCGGAAUCUAAACCAAACCUCAGCCAUCUACAGGUGUCUGAGCUAGUGAAGAGGCUGUUUGACUUGACGCCGUCCCAGAUUCACCCGCUGCCCAGCUACGAUGACCAGAACUUCCGCUUGGUGGUCAGUGAGGACAACGAGUACGUCCUGAAGGUAAUGAACUCUGAGGACAGUCAGAACCCCACUCUGCUGGAGCUGCAGACUCAUGCUAUGACCUUCCUGCACGAGAGGGGGCUUCCUGCCCAGACUGUCCUCCACACCACCUCAGGACAAGUCAUGAGCCUGGAGGACAUCGACUGCGGCUUUGGCAUGCAGAAGUACCUGGUGAGACUGCUGACCUAUUUACCGGGGACCACCAUCGCCAAAGUGCCCUGCUCUCCACAGAUCCUGUAUGAAGCUGGCAAAAUGGCCGCCAAGAUGGACACAGUCCUGCAGGAAAUGGAGCAUCCUCAACUCCAUGUACUACAGAGGGAGAAGUUCCUCUGGAGUCUGUCCAACAUCCCUCUGCUGGAGCCGUACCUCCAUCUAAUGGACGGGGAUCCUGUACAGCAGGUGGUCAAGUCAGUCAUCCAACUGUACAAGACUUGUGUUCAGCCCAAACUCGGCUCCUUCCGCAAGUGCAUCAACCAUGGUGACUUCAAUGACCACAACAUCUUGGUGCAACCAGACGAUUCAACCGCCUACAAAAUCUCUGGCAUCCUGGACUUUGGGGACAUGAGCAGCGGCUACUACGUGUUCGAGCUGGCCAUCACCAUCAUGUACAUGAUGAUCGAGAACCCCACACCCCUGGAUGUGGCAAGAGACGUGCUAGCCGGCUGGGAGAGUGUUAUUCCCCUCAACGAAGCCGAGAGGGACGCACUCUACCUGCUGGUGCUCUGUCGCUUCUGCCAGUCCCUGGUUGUUGCCCGCCAUACUGUGGUGCAGCACCCGGAGAACAAAGAUUACCUCAUGAUAACCACCAAGACGGGCACCCACCAUCUUUGCCGACUUUGGGAACUGGGCAAGGAGGUGGUGGAGAGGAGGUGGUUUCAGAAUGCCGCCCAGGAUUCUGGUCUUCAAGCCCAAGAGGUUUAAGGGAAGUAGUCUCUCUUGAAGGAUAUUUCAGGGACCACUUUCUUUUCAUAGGCUGUGUCCCGAUUUAUUUUCCCUUCAGCCAGUGCUUUCACCAAUCCAAUGAUGUUGAAUCCAUGUGGAGUCUGCAGGUGCACCUUUUUAAGUAUUAAAAGGUACACUCAGCAAUAUGAAAUCAUUAAAAAGUGUGGCGUGCCUCAAGCUAAUAGUUGGUUGUCAUCCUGUUCUGCAUGAUCAUUUCAUAUUGCUGAGUCUACCCUUUUAGCAGACCGACCAUCUGAUAAAAGGUAAACUCAUUUAAACUUAUUAACUGGAAUCCAUCAGUCUGGCAGUGUGACCUGAGGAAAAUCUGACCCAAAUCCUGUUCUAAAACGGUUUUGAAUCUUGGUCAGUCUCAGAUUUGUCUGAACCCAUCCAGUUGAGAGAAGUAUAGAUUUGAUUUUCUCUGCCCUGUGAUAACUCCGUUUUACAUGCAUUAAGUAAUCUCUUAACACUCCCAAAGCUUUGAUUUACGAACGGAAUUUGUGCUCUUUUCAAAACGGCAUGUUGACAUUGUCAUACUGUGGAUAAUGUCUGUUGGGAUGAAGGCCAUAGGGGUGGCAGGGUAGCCUAGUGGUUAGAGCGUUGGACUAGUAACCGAAAGGUUGCAAGUUCAAAUCCCCAAGCUGACAAGGUACAAAUCUGUCGUUCUGCCCCUGAACAGGCAGUUAACCCACUGUUCCAAGGCCGUCAUUGAAAAUAAGAAUUUGUUCUUAACUGACUUGCCUAGUAAAAUAAAGGUAAAAAAAAAUUAAAUGAGUAGGUCGGAUGAGUAGGUCGUACCUCACUUUACAAAAUAAGCAAUUCAGCAGCUAUGACCUACAUUUAACUGAAGUGCCUGUGUAAGGAGUCAUUGAUUUACCAUGAUCAUUUGUUAAAAUCAUAUUUUGUAAGAUUCAUCUAAUUCCGUUGCAUAAUAAACCUACAAAUCUGUGAAAUUAAGAAACUUUCAAAGUAUUUAUUUUAUGAAACUGGAUAUAUCAAUCAAUGAAGCAGUGGGGAUAUACAGGCAUGUCUGAAAUUAUUGGCACCCUUGAUAAAGAUGAGCAAAAACAUACAAAUACUGAAUGAAUAUUACAUGCAAAAAAAAAUUGUACUUUUUUUUUUUUUACUAAUACAAUUGCUCAGAGAAACAGAUUUAGUUAAAACAAAAUCUAGGGGUAAAAAUGAUUGGCAACCCUGUUUUCAAUACUUUUUCAAUAAAUCAAGUCUAAUUAUAAUUGUCACGGGCACCAAAUACAAUUUCAC